AUGAUGCGGGAUGCGGCGGGGGGUGGUUGCAGCCUCGGUGCCGGUGCCCAUGUCGGUGUCGGUAUCGGUGUCCGUGUCCGUGUCCGUGUCCGUGUCCGUGUCCGUGUCAGUGCCAGUGACCGCGACCGCGUCUGUGUCGGUGGCACCGGCACCGACACCGGCACUGGCACCGGCUUUUUGCAACUUUCUCUCUCUCUCCAGGUGGUAGAAGCUUAUAAGCAAGGGCUCAGACCAGCCAUUGGCUAUGAGCUCAACCCCUGGCUGCUGUGUCUCUCCAGCUACCGGGCCUGGAAGGCUGGGUACCAUGGGAAGGUUUCCUUCCUGAAGAAAGAUCUGUGGAAGGUGAACCUGUCUGAUUGCUACAAUGUGAUCGUGUUCCUGGCCCCCAGUGUGAAACCUCCCCUAGCCACCAAGCUUCUCGCAGAACUCCCCGACGAAGCCCGGGUGGUGGCUGGACGCUUCCCCUUCCCCUCCUGGACCCCCACCAGCACCCUUGGGCAGGGGCUGGAGCAAGUCUGGGCCUAUGACAUGAAGGAGGUGCGGCGAGCAGCACAGAGCAGCGCAGAGGGAAGCCCAGUCUAACAGCAGCCUCAUUAAGCCUGGCAUUGAGUCAGGGGUAGGGGUCAGAGACUCUCCGGCCCUUGGGCUCAGCUCAGAACAGCAGUGGGAGGGCUGCUUGGCCAGGCUUUUUCCUGGGGACUUGCAGGGUGGCAGUCCCUCGGUUUUCCUGGAAUUAUCACAGGAUUUAAGGGCUAAGUCACCAGUGCCUCUUUUCUGUAUGUUUGUUACUUAGUUAAUUUUUCAAAAUAAACAUUUGGUUAGUUCUCCCCUUGA